AUGGCCGCUUCUUUACAAUCCGCCGUUACCACUACGGUGGCUCCACCGCCUCACGUCUCCGUAAAGCUCCGGUCUUCUUCUAAGAGCCGCGUCUCGUGCUCACUCCACGACAAUCUCAAGAACUUGACUCUGAAAUGCUUUGAAGCUACCAAGAUCGCCGGUUUUGCACUCGCAACCUCCGCUCUUGUCGUCUCGGGAGCAAAUGCAGAAGGAGUGCCAAAGAGACUAACUUUCGAUGAGAUACAGAGCAAGACUUACAUGGAAGUGAAAGGAACAGGAACCGCAAAUCAAUGUCCAACCAUUGAAGGUGGCUUAGAGUCAUUCGCCAUAAAGCCAGGCAAAUACUACGCCAAAAAAUUCUGCUUAGAGCCAACUUCAUUCACAGUCAAAGCAGAAGGAGUUAGCAAGAACUCCACGCCCGCUUUCCAAAACACAAAGCUUAUGACUCGGCUUACCUACACGCUCGAUGAAAUCGAAGGCCCUUUCGAAGUAGCUUCUAAUGGAACGGUGAAGUUUAUCGAGAAAGACGGUAUUGACUACGCUGCAGUGACAGUACAACUCCCCGGUGGGGAGCGAGUACCGUUCUUGUUCACGAUCAAGCAGCUCGUGGCAUCGGGUAAACCAGAGAGCUUUGGAGGAGAUUUCUUGGUACCAUCUUAUAGAGGCUCUUCUUUCUUGGAUCCUAAAGGCCGAGGUGGCUCUACGGGCUACGAAAAUGCGGUUGCAUUACCCGCUAGAGGAGACGACGAGGAGCUAGCUAAAGAGAACAACAAGAACACAGCUGCUUCACUUGGUAAGAUAACACUUAGUGUAACAAAGAGUAAUCCACAGAGCGGUGAAGUAAUCGGUGUUUUCGAAAGUGUUCAGCCUUCGGAUACUGAUUUAGGUGCUAAAACUCCUAAGGAUGUUAAGAUUCAAGGAAUCUGGUAUGCUCAACUUGAGAAAUAA